UGUGUUUACCAAACAUCAUGUGCUCUGUCACCUGUGGUAGUCUGUAGUGCAUGAAACAGGUGGUUGAACGAAACUGAAACUGAAAGGAAUUAUGGGAAGGUGUCCUAUUCUCCUGAUGUGAAAAAAAAUGGCACAAUGGAGGAAGAUGAAAUAAGGGAGAGAGUGCAGAACUGCAUUAUCCCUGGAAACUGUGACCCAGCAGAGGUCGAAAGGUUAAGUUUCCAUGAAAAUGAGAUUAACAGGGUAGAUGACAAGUUCAAGAGCUUACAUGACAAUGAUGAUAGUGGUCUCACAGAGACACCAAGCCGAACGUCAAGCAUAUCAAUCAGUACCAUUGACCGGUUAGAUUCGGACCUUGAUUCCAUUUCUUCAGCCUCACAGCUUGCUUCUAAGAGAAAGAAUGAUAGGUCUAGUCCACAGAAAAGCAGUGUCAGGUUCCAGACAGAUUUAGAGGACAGUCUCACUUGCUCAUCAGAGACACUGAAUCCUGAGAAUAUAAAAGUUCCCAUUCUUGGCCAUGAAACUAUGGAGGAAAGAUCCAAAUUCACUGUUUUUAGUUUGCGAGUCCAGAAAUCAGAACAUGAUGUCUGGCAUAUAUUUAGACGUUAUACAGAUUUUGUACAGCUGAAUGAUAGGUUGAGGAAGUGUUUUCCAAACAUCCGAUUAUCUUUGCCACCAAAAAGAUGGUUCAGGGACAACUUUGACAAGAAUUUCAUUGAGGACAGGCAGCUAGGUUUACAAGCCUUCAUUGAUAACUGUAUUGGACAUAAGGAUAUUUGUAAUAGUAAGCCAGUGCGAGAAUUCUUCUGUUUCGAUGACCCCCCAGGGCCACAUGAUAGCAUUGAAGAGAGCAGGUCUCUCUGUGAAUCUUUGGAAGACUCCGUUUAUAAGCUGAAAAAAGAGUUAGCAGAGAAGAAUUCUGAGAUUGAUCUUCUGCAUGAUGAACUCGCACUGUACAAAAGACAAGUAGAGAUGCUUACGACAGCCCUCAGAAAAAACAAUGAGGCUAAAUCAUCCUCAGAGUCUCCUGUAUCUUCCACAUCAUUGGCUGAGUGUGACCUAAUGACCUGUACAGAGGCUGACCAAUCACAGCUUCCCACUAACUCCACUGCAGUGGAUGCAAAAAAUGUCUCUGAGAACUCUACUAGAGAUAAGGAGGAGAAACCUUCAGUGAAAAGUGCUGCAUUAGAGGAUGGAACUCUUGCUCAGUCGGAAGGUCUUCCCUUGGAUAACUCAUGCUCAAGUCAGGGGGACAAAACCACAAAAAAGAAGAAAAGAUCCUCUAUAUUUAAGUUUAGAAAUAAAUCUCCAGUAGUUGAAAGCAGAUAGCAGAGACAAUGUUGAAAUAAGAUUCUUAAUUGAACAAUGUUCACAUUAUUUACUUUUGCCUGUUGUCAGUGAAAUUCUUGUCAAAGCUGUGCCUGAGUGACAUUAUUAUUUUCUGUUUCUAAGAUUACCUAUUGAUCAUCUUACCUUUGCAUUCCUAUAAUCAUGCAUGUACAUCUCAAGCAAUAGAAUUGCAUCAUUUACUUGUAUGGAUACAUGUGCACAUGUAUCUUUUAGUUAUUCAUUAUUUAUACAACUACAUUUAGCUAUUAUACAUGUAUAUAAAAUUACAUGAUAUAUAUAAGUUGAUAGAAGUCUGUUUAACAGUAAUACUUGUGAUGUGGUUGUGUAUAAUGAUGGUCUUUCAGCAUUAUUUUGCCUUUUUUAUUUAUUUUCCAAUAUUUUGGAUUGUUUUUUUUUUUUUCUCAUGUACACUUGUCAAAUGAUAUAUGUGUUUGAUUUUGUUUUCAGCAUUAUUAAGUAUAUUCUUUUCAAAUGCAUUUGCUUAAAUUAAGAUGGCAUUUGAGACACACAACUUAAAUUUCAAUAACAGUGUAUUAAUUGAUAAAAAUUAAUAAAUGCUUUACGAGGAGUGACAUUUGGUUACAUAUACAUAUGUACUAUAAAUUACUUUUGUUUUGUUUUACCUGAGAAAUUUAUUUUUGUCUAAUGAUAUGGAUUACAGUGUAUUAUGUAAAAUUAUUAUGUGAGACCAUCAGUUCACAAAAGUUUCUUCACACGUAUAUGUGUAUUUUUAAGGAUAUACAACAAUAAUCAAAAUAUGUAAAAAUUAUUGUUAGGCCAUUUGUGAAAAAUUUUCCUGCUUAUUCCACUAACUCCCGAGCGAAAAUAAAGUGUCACAAAAAUUUGAUGAACUACAGUAUAUGUUUGGUUACACAUGGUUAAGUAAAGUAUAUGUUUACAAAUUCAAGGGGGUGAGGACUUGCAUUUGUUAUGUCUAUUUGCUUAUUCACCUGUCGAUCCAUAUCGAUCAUAGAUUUUUGAACAGCAUAUUUAUAAGAUUGAGACUUCAUAUAUGGUGAAAAAUUUAUAGCAUCAAAUACAUGUACAUGUAUAUGUAGAUAUCAAAGGCAAGUCAAAUAAAAAAUUGACACUUGAAUGAAUUGUGUGCAACUCAAAAAUUGUUUAUAUGCAUAGAAUUUUUUUGUUGUUGCUUGAUGAGUAAGAAUUUCCGAAACAAAAUACAUGUGCACCAUUUCUUUGUAAUGAACAAAAUAAAAUGGCUAGGACAGCUUCUUUUUUUGUGGUGAACAAACCUACACCAAAAAAUGGUAGAAUUAAUAGAUACAAUGUACAUGUAUGAUAUGUGCACUUUGUCUACUGGAAUUAAACAUUAAGCCAGUAGCUGGUAUACUAAUUGUGAUUAAAUUAAGGUU